AGUGGCGACCACAUCAUUCGCUUCCCGGGCGGAGUGGGGAUACUGUCAGCGCGCACACCGGAUACUUUCUGACUGAGCGCCGAAAGCUGAGAGUUGCAGAGCGCCACAGCGGUGUUAUCCUUCUUGUUUCAAUAGCAAGCAAACGUGUACAUUCUCAGGUCUUGCUGAGAUGGUAGAUUAUCACGCCACAAAUAAUCAAAAUCAGCAAUAUCCCUCCGGUGGACCACCGACAUACAUGGAACAGGAAAAUGAUUGGGAUCGGGACCUGCUUCUCGACCCGGCCUGGGAGAAACAGCAGAGAAAGACAUUCACGGCCUGGUGCAACUCCCACCUGAGGAAAGCCGGCACGCAGAUCGAGAACAUCGAGGAGGACUUCAGAGACGGGCUCAAGCUCAUGCUCCUGCUGGAGGUCAUCUCGGGGGAGAGGUUACCCAAGCCAGAGAGAGGCAAGAUGAGAGUCCACAAGAUCAACAACGUCAACAAAGCCCUGGACUUCAUUGCCAGCAAGGGAGUCAAGCUGGUGUCCAUCGGUGCUGAGGAAAUCGUCGACGGAAACGCCAAGAUGACCCUGGGCAUGAUCUGGACCAUCAUCCUGCGCUUCGCCAUCCAGGACAUCUCUGUGGAGGAGACCUCUGCGAAGGAAGGGCUGCUGCUGUGGUGUCAGAGGAAAACUGCUCCUUACAAGAACGUCAACGUGCAGAACUUCCACAUCAGCUGGAAGGAUGGCCUGGCCUUCAAUGCUCUGAUCCACAGACACAGGCCUGAACUCAUCGACUAUGAGAAACUGAGAAAGGAUGAUCCCGUGACUAACCUGAACAAUGCCUUUGAGGUGGCAGAGAAGUACCUGGACAUUCCCAAAAUGUUGGAUGCAGAAGACAUUGUGAACACUGCCCGUCCGGAUGAGAAAGCCAUAAUGACCUAUGUGUCCAGUUUCUACCAUGCCUUCUCUGGAGCCCAGAAGGCUGAGACCGCUGCCAAUCGGAUCUGCAAGGUGCUGGCGGUCAACCAAGAGAAUGAGCACCUGAUGGAGGACUAUGAGAAGCUGGCCAGCGAUCUUUUGGAGUGGAUCCGGCGCACUAUCCCCUGGCUGGAGAACCGCGCCCCGGAGAAGACCAUGGCGCAGAUGCAGCAGAAGCUGGAGGACUUCCGUGACUACAGGCGGGUGCACAAGCCGCCCAAGGUGCAGGAGAAGUGCCAGCUGGAGAUCAACUUCAACACCCUGCAGACCAAGCUGAGGCUCAGCAACCGGCCCGCCUUCAUGCCCUCCGAGGGCCGCAUGGUGUCGGACAUCAAUGGGGCGUGGCACAACCUGGAGGGGGCUGAGAAGGGCUAUGAGGAGUGGCUGCUGAACGAGAUUCGCCGCCUGGAGAGGCUGGACCACCUGGCUGAGAAGUUCCGCCAGAAAGCCGCCAUCCACGAGUCCUGGACUGACGGUAAGGAGGCCAUGCUGACGCAGAAGGACUAUGAGACCGCCUCCCUCUCCGAGGUGAAGGCCCUGCUGAAGAAGCACGAGGCCUUCGAGAGCGACCUCGCCGCUCACCAGGACCGCGUGGAGCAGAUCGCCGCCAUCGCACAGGAGCUCAAUGAGCUGGAUUACUACGACUCUGCCAGUGUGAACAGUCGCUGCCAGAAGAUCUGCGACCAGUGGGACGCCCUGGGGUCUCUGACCCAGAGCCGCAGGGAAAAUCUCGAGAGGACAGAGAAGCAGCUGGAGUCCAUCGACGAGCUGUACCUCGAGUACGCCAAGAGGGCGGCGCCAUUCAACAACUGGAUGGAAGGCGCAAUGGAGGACUUGCAGGACAUGUUCAUCGUGCACAACAUCGAGGAGAUCCAGGGCCUGAUCAGUGCACACGAGCAGUUCAAAUCCACCCUCCCGGAGGCCAACAAGGAGAGGGAGGCCAUCCAGGCCAUCCAGGCGGAGGUGCAGAAGAUCGCCGACUACAACGGCAUCAAGCUGAGCGGCAACAACCCCUACACCGCCAUCACACCCAAGAGCAUCGACAGCAAGUGGGCCAAGGUGGAGCAGCUGGUGCCUCAGCGCGACCAGGCCCUGCAGGAGGAGCUGGGCCGGCAACAGUCAAACGACCACCUGCGCCGCCAGUUUGCCAACCAGGCUAACAUCGUGGGGCCGUGGAUACAGAACAAGAUGGAGGAAAUUGGGCGGAUAUCUAUCGAGAUGAACGGAACCCUGGAGGACCAGCUGACCAACCUGAGGCAGUACGAGCAGAGCAUCAUCGAGUACAAGCCCAACAUCGACCAGCUGGAGGGAGACCACCAGCUCAUCCAGGAGGCCCUGAUCUUCGACAACAAGUACACCACCUACACUAUGGAGCACCUGCGUGUGGGCUGGGAGCAGCUUCUCACCACCAUCGCCCGCACCAUCAACGAGAUCGAGAACCAGAUCCUCACCCGGGAUGCCAAGGGCAUCAGCCAGGAGCAGCUCCACGAGUACCGCGCCUCCUUCAACCACUUCGACAAGGAUCACAGUGGGGCCCUCAUGGCAGAGGAGUUCAAGGCGUGCCUGAUCAGCUUGGGCUACGAUGUAGAGAACAACAAACAGAAGCGCACGGGGAUGAUGGACAGCGAUGAUUUCCGCGCUCUGCUCAUUUCCACUGGAUACAGCUUGGGCGACGCAGAGUUUGCACGCAUCAUGGGCAUCGUUGACCCCAACAACAGCGGUGCGGUGACCUUCCAGGCCUUCAUCGACUUCAUGUCCCGGGAGACCACCGACACGGACACGGCCGACCAGGUCAUCGCCUCCUUCAAGAUCCUGGCCGGAGACAAGAACUACAUCAUGGCGGAGGAGCUGAGGCGGGAGCUGCCCCCGGACCAGGCGGAGUACUGCAUCGCCCGCAUGGCGCCGUACGCGGGGCCCGACGCCGUGCCCGGGGCCCUGGAUUACAUGUCCUUCUCCACCGCGCUCUACGGGGAAAGCGACCUCUAAGGGCCGGGCCGGGCAGAGGCUGGGGGUAGAGGGAGACCAAGGGGCCACACAGAGCAGUCUGCACCCCUCCUCAGUUUUGGCUUAGCCUGCUGUGAUUGGGUGGUGUGGAGACCAGGGGGGCGGGGGGGGGGGGGAGAGUGUGUAGAGCCAUUGGCUGGUGGUUUAGCUCAUUUGCAUAUUGGGUGUGCAGAGGCCUGCAGCAGGUGUAGAAUCCUGGGAAAUGGAUGCCGACUGCUCUGCGCCGUGAGUCCGAUCCGUGCUCCCCUACCUCUUAAAGGAGGGACCAGGCUAUACUGAUGCUACUUUUUUGUUUUCGUUUUAUUUUAUUUUUUUUGCCGGGUGGGAAGGGGGAGGGGGCGGGGUCAUCAAAGGGGCGGGGCAUAUAGAGAAGUGCGCAGUAAGGAGCACAGAGAGAGCUAUAUAGAAGGAUUGGUUUAAACAGAGAGAAAUAACAUGGAUCCUCUUAACCUAUUUUGCUGGAAAAAAGCGGAACUUGGAUAUCUAACCUCAACUUUUUCUUUCUUUUUUUUUAGUAUUUGUUUUUUCCCUCCAGCAAAUGUGAGUUAACAGGUUCAGCGCUGUACAUACUUAUUUUUCCAAUUUACACAAAAAAAUGAGUACAUUACGGUUGCAGGCCUUUAGAGCUUCAGCAAAAGAGUCCUAUCAAAUCAUGGAAUACGAAAAGCACACUUUCACAAUGAGCCCAGUACCGUAGAUAGGUUUGAGUCCCCAUUUGGACCUUUUCUUUUUUUUUUUUUUUUUUUCUUUUAAAGCCUUGUGAGAGUUUCAAAAAAAUGUCAUUGAACAAUGUCAUAAUUGAGAAGAAGAAGAAAAAACCUCUGUCAAGUGAAUCCAACUGAAAUAGCGAAUUGUGAAAUCAGAGGAGUACUAACAAUGUGCCUGUGUGUUUUUUGGGGCUUACAAACCCUGCUUAUUUCUCAUCCUUCUCUGUGUCUCCAUCUCUCUGUCACGUAAGUGGAGUGUGUGUGGCUGCAAAAGGGGAAAACAGAUUCUUAUUAAACAUUCCAUUAUGUCUUAAUAAUAUAAGGAAAUUACUGUCUGAUCUAUGCAAUCGAUUUUCAGUUCAUAGUCUAUAUAUAUUCUAUUCUAUCACCGUGUUCGGAAAAUAUGGGGGGGAAAAAUACAGUGGGGGAAAUUGAAACUUCAGCUUAGAAAUGGAGUAAAUGAGAUGCUUUGAAAUGAAUGUGUGAUGUUUUAUGAAUGGGGAGUUAAGGGGGGAGGGGAUGGGGGAAGCUCUUGGGAGAGGGACCCAAAAUGAGAAUACUUGGACCAAAAGCUUGUUCUCUUUUUCCGCAAGGUUACAAAGUAUUGAACUUUGGAAUUGUUUUUUUUUGUACUCUUUAUAAUAUCAAACCUUAUCUGCUGUACUGGCAACUACAAAACAGCCUUCUGUCUCUUAAUGAAAAUGAAUUUCACGUGCACACAUAAAAUUUCCUUAUAAAACAUUA